ACUUAUAUAAAUAAUUUUUCCGAAUUGAUCAGAUAAAAAAUUUAUGAUACUCUUCUGUCAGUAGAUUUAAGAUGAAGUCUCAUUUUCUUUUUCUAGCUGCAGCAGAUGCAUUUCUUCGUACUGUUUUGCUAGAAAUGUGUGUCUCGUGGUACAUUUUUAUUAAUUAGCUCGCGUGCAAUCUAGCGAGGAGAUGCAUCGUGUUGCAGGCUUGAUGCUCUCAUCUGGAAUCUAGGUUUCAAAAAUCAUUAUGGGCUCUUAUAUGUAAGGCGCCGCUUACAUGCUCUUAAUUGUUGUUACGUUACUGUCCGUGAAACUUCUGCUUUCCCAGUUCGCGCUCAACAUCUCGCAGUCACGAAAGUGUCAGUUCGUUCGCGCGUGCUUGAGUAUACAUCAGAAGUACAGCUUCCACACAAUCUCACAGAACACCGUUUCUAAGAUAUUGCAGCACGUGAUUGCGACAAAGAUCACAAUUAGCAGCGGUAGCAACAAUAGUUCUCUAUCCAGUUUUUGUAUUUGCAACGAGAGGUUCAAGGUGGCCGAUGCGUUGCAUACCGAGAUUUUACGAUUUAUUCGAUUGCGAAGAUCAUCAGUGGCCCAGUACUAACUAGUCAGAUUGCAGAGCCAAUAAAAAGAAAGAAGGAAGAAGUCUUUCUAGGCAUUAAUUUACUUCCGAUACGGCAAGUUCAUCAAAACAGUCGACGAGACGCCACAAGGGGAUUGUAUUUGGAUAGAAUUGAGAUUGUUGCAAUCAUGUUGCAAAACAAAUUAGGUCAGACAAUACUAAAAUAUACGGAUUAUUUUCUGUCGUUCAUAGAGAAGUGUAUGGAAUGGAGUCUGCCUGAACAGAAUAUCGAAGAUGAGAAAGAAUCGGGAACAACAGAACUCGUGAGGCCAUUACCAUGGCUCUUAUUUUUGCCGUGCUUAGUAAUAAUACGUUUAAUCAGAGUAAUAAUUAAUAUAGGUGCUUUCAUGUUCAAUUCACCUAAAAUCACGCCAAGUGAAAUGAUAAAAUUUGUGCAAACACGUCGUAGGUAUCUACAUGAUGCAAUGAAGAAAGACAAGAAAGAGAGAUAUGAGCUCGAGGUAACGACGUCCGAAGAAAAGUCGGAAGAAAAGCCGGAAGAAAAACCGGAAGAAAAGUCGGAAGAAGAGCCGGAAGAAAAGUCAGUAGUAGAAUCAGUCGAUUCUACGACAACAUCAAAACAUUCAAUGAGCGAAUCGGAGGAAGAGAAGCAAGAGAAGGAGGAAAACGAAAAGAGAAAGGAAACUCUGACUGAGAAGAUUAAUCGACUCGCUUUGGAAAAUAGCGAAGACGAUGAAGAUUUUGAUCCGGAUGAAUACGCGUUGAGCGAUAUGGACAGUAUCGAUGAUGACGAUGAAAACAGCAACGAUGACGUGUCCCAGGAUGAGAUUCGCGACAUCAUUAAAGACAAAAAAGAGUUCAUGAAAAAUAUGAGGAUCACGGAGCAGUUUUUGAAAGCCGAGCGAGCUUUCACGUUGGCUUCUAACCAAAAACUCGUCGAGUCGGCUUGCGAAAAGAGAUCGUCGGCUAAGGAGAGCCGCGAUAAGGUAGAAGAGCACUUUGCGAUUUUGCAGCGUAUCGAUUCGUUAGAGUGUUGUACGUCCGACAGAUCCAGUCAGGAAGGCGAUCCGACGUUCUGUUCACCAGUCAGCUCUGAUUCGGAUAGUGACACGCUAAACGAGCCAUCGAUGUCGAUCGCCAAACAAUGUGUCUCAAGAAAAAUAUUAAAGACAAAAGAGUUUAUCAAUGGCGAAGCACGAUUCUCAGCAUCAAUGAUUUCAGACUCGAAAUCCAGGCAGACUAACAACGACGCAGUAGUGGAGAAGCACAGUACAAACAUGAGUAAAAGUCACAAAGGUAAGCGCACGAGUCGUCGCAAGAAAAACUAGUCGAUUAACAAAAGCAAAACAAAAAAGAGAAGAUAGAGGAAGAGAGACUAGGAAAGAAAAGAACGAAAGCUUUCCUUCGAGACAAGAAAUCACUACGUGAUACGCAAUAUCGCGUCGUAUCAAACGUCAUUGACAGUUACGCAAUUAUUGAAGAUUAAAUGUGAUUUCGAAUAAUAGAUAACUGUUCGUCGUCAAGAUAUAACAAAGAGAUAUCAGAUAAUCAGAACGUUUAUCUGAAUGGAAGUCGAGUUUGUAUAGAUCUUCGAAUCAUCGCAGUCGCUCAUCAAUUAUUACUCUUAAAAAUUAUUUAACGAAUUAAGAUGCUUGUAGAUAUUUCAUCAUUUAGACGCUUGCGUUUCUCAGGAAAAUUUCAUCUGAACUGUAAUUGUCCAAAGUAUAACUGAUUCAAAAUACAUCGUCAUUACCGCGCGUUAACACGAGCUCAAUCAUUCUCUAUAAUAAUAUUCUCUAUAAUAAUUAUAGUCUACAGUCUACACGAUGUGAGAGAAAAAAAAUAAUAAUGUUCACUAAUCCUAAAUCACUUUAAAUCCGCAUGUUACUUGAAACCACAUUUAAAUACCAGAAGAUUAAUUGAAUAAUUGUUUUUUUUAUUCGUAACUCCGAAAUGUAUAUGUAUUUUGAUUUUUUUUUAAAUCUGAUUGAAUGAUAAGCUUGAAUCUGGUUAAUUUUUUUUAAAUCUGGUUGAGUGAUAAGGUUUACAAAAUUACGGAAACUUUGUAGACAAGUGGAUGUAACUGCAUCUAAAUCGCAGCAAUACAUUGAAAGUACGGAAGCAUAUCAUACACUGAAGGAAAAAAUUGGCUAGUGCAGUAAUUUAGAUGGUAAAAUAUGGUAUACCAGUUUUGAUUGGUUACAGCAAUCAAUUUUCAGUUGCGUUAGCCUAUCGAAAUCAUAUAUUGACAUUACCAAUCAAAAAUGCUAUGCAUAUUUUAUCAUUUAAAUUGCUGCAGCAGCCAAUUAUUUCUUUCAGUGUAUUUGGACAAAACAUCGUAUCUCGACAAUUACGUAAUUGCGAUUAUAAAUUGAAUGUUGUUUCUAAGCAAUACGGUAGUGCAAAACAUAGCACGUGCGGAAAUAAAGUUUUGCGUGUUAUCUCCAAAACUAUUGAAUCGAUUUUCUUUUUAGAUAUAUUCGCUUAUUUAUAAAAUAAAUGUUAUAGUAAGAAAUCAGCAUAAGUUCAUUUUUAUCGACGCGCAUAUUUGUAUAAUGCAAAUUUUAAAUUUUUCUUUAUACUUAAACAAAGCUAUACGUUGAGAUAUACGUAUACAAAACGCUUCGUAAAUCAACACUUUCUAAGUCUGUUUCUCAAAGCGAAACAAAAAUGUCAUAGUUU